AUGCAUCAACUGGCGAAGCACACAAUUGCUGUUGCAAUCACCGCAUUUCCAAUCCACGUCGCCCUUGCGACAGUCCAUUUACAAGCGGGCGAAACUGGGGAUGACCUGGUCCGUAUUUUGUUUCUGCCGUAUCUGUUACCAAAAGGCCCCCCCGUGAUCAAGAAUCAUCGCGUGACGCUGAAUCAGAUCCUGACCAAGUUGGAGAAAGCUGCAAGAGCUGCAGAUGCAGAUAUAGAUGAGCUCUUUUUCACGAGAGAUUUGGUGAGACAUCCGAGGCAGAGAGCAGCGGCAUGGAUUCCGAAGGGGCCGCAGUCUUUGCCGAUGAAGAUGAAAGGGGGCGGUUUUGGCGCUAAUGUAGAAGGGCGCGACGGAACUGAGUUGGAAGAGGCCGCAAUUGCUGCAGAUGGAGAUGAAAGGGGAGUGCGCACUUUGAUUUAG